GCGCAUCUUCAACCUAUAUCGCAGUGUCCCCUUGGCAAAGUUCGUGGAACAGGGUUAGACACCAACGGAGAUUUGGAUAUCAUCAUCCUUGAGGCUUGAUCAAUUCUCCGAUGGUUGAACACGGUCCGUGAAAUCGCCAACUCGAUUACACCGAGUGGUUCAUAGCCCCUCGCAUCUCAUGAUGAUCAAGUUCAAUCUCGGCCCCGGGUGCACUCCAUUUCUUGCUCAAAUAGCGGGACCCACCCGAGGCGUUGGCUGUUCAUUCUCUGAUCCUCGACAUCCAUGAAACACACAUCGGUCGAAAAUACACUCGGUGCAUUCUUUAUCGGUGCUACGUUGGCCAACAUUCUGUUUGGCAUAACAAGUCUCCAAUCCACACUGUACUUCAAAAAUUACCCAAAUGACGGCCAGUUUUUUAAAGUUUCUAUAGGGGCCAUCUGGUUUCUGGAUACACUCGAUGUCGCGUUUACCGCCUACACUUCAUAUUUCUAUGCUUUCAAGAACUUUGGGGACAUUAACGCUCUUCUUGGGAGCGCCGUCCUUUGGAGCCUUAAGCUGCACAUAUUGCUUUGUAUUGUUAUUCGAGUCUAUGUUCAAGCGAUGUAUGCUGUGCGUUUAUGGAAAUUUGGACAACAUCUUCAUCGAGUCGUACUGUGGUUGGUUGUUCUCGUCACUGUAAGCAACGGAGGUUGCGGGAUAUACCUGAUUAGACAGAUAUACGGCAUGGCUACCCUCGGCCAACAACCGGACAUCAAGAGCGGUCUUGUCUCGUUGUUUGUAACAAGUGUAACAGCCGAGUUCAUGACAUCCGCCGCCAUGUGUUACUCUCUGAAUAAAGGCCGGACCACUUCAGCCGUUCCCAACACGAUUACAAUAGUCCUGACAUUAAUGCGGAUGAUUCUGAUGUCUGGGUUCAUUACGAGCUUGUAUUCGGUGGUAAUUCUUAUCACGUUUCUACUCUGGCCAGAUACUCUCAUAUUCCUCGGCAUCGAUUGUAUACUCCCCAAAUUGUUCAUCACUUCCUUAUUAACAAUGCUAAAUGCACGGAAAGAGUUUCGAACCGCUGAUAAUUCCUUCCACCUACCACCACUUGACUCCAGCGGACUGAGGUCUGAAAGAGCACACAGCCACCGUGCGCAGGAUAAGGCUAUUGUUGUCUCGAUGAAGAUUGAGUCGGAAUCUGUGUGAUUUCUACUGGUGUUCUCGCUGUUCUCGUUGCAGCUCUUCCCGUGUCGUGAGCGGUACUAGAGUGUCUAAAUGAUAUUCAUGUUCUUUAUGUAAAUGCUUGGUAACCACCCUGUCCGUUUCGUGUCUAUUACUGUCUUCCUCGAAAUGAUCAAGA